UGUGUAAAAAUCGGGUCUACGCGUGUUUUUCAACAUGGACUACAACUUCACUAUCCAUUUUUCGUGUAUUACCGUGUUCAUAAAUACAUACAUUGUCAUGUCAAUUUUUGAAAUUCCCUUGCAUGCGACGUUAUGUGACCACUAUGCGACCCAUGACCUCGUGUUGAGAGAAAAAUAAUACCAAGCGUGAACGAGAUCCAAGGAAGUUGAAAGAUUUGGAUAAUAUUUAGUACCAAUGACGGAGGCAACUGGACCAUGUCAAGAGAGAGCAGAGCUGCUCGACGAGGUUGUCAGCAAUCUUCGAGCAUGCUUGCUCUCUGCAAAAGGUGGAGUUUCGUUUUCCGAACUAAACAAUGACUACAAAAGAAUUUUGGGAGAGAACAUCCCAUUCAGAAAGCUCGGGUAUCCGAGUCUCGAUGAAUUGUUGAAUAAUAUUCCCGGCCUUCUAAUCACUAGAAAAGUAGGAGAUUGGAAUGUAGCAGCUGAGCCAACAGAAGACUCUGUUCAUCUGACAAAGAUGAUAGCAAGGCAGAAAUCCGGAAAGUCCAAGAAACGCUCCAAAGGAAUGUUUUCACAGGCCAUUACAUGCAGAAGACCAACUACCGGUUCCUGGAAACCUCCGGUCGACUUCACAACGGCUCACAAAACCGUACAAGCCAAAAAAAAUCAUCCAUCUAGCCAUCGAGUUAAUCAUAAGUAUUCGAACUCGACUUCUCAGUUUUGCUUUAUCCAGCAAAAAUCAAGCCCAUCACUCCUCAAUAAACCGCCGCGUUACAUGCUACCCAAUCCUGGUAUUCCACAAACCCCACCAAGCAAUAGGCUCUCUAGCCAUCUCACGGCAAACACUUCUACAAGGUCAACUUUUCCUAACCCAGGUAACAGCCAAGCAUCCGUUGUUGCCUACAAGAACCAGGCCGCAUUCAUAACAACAGAGAAUCAGAAUGAAAAAGCCCUCCAACACACGUCAACGCCGUUAACUUUUCCGGUAAAUAAGACGAACACGAUUUUGCAUGCAAGCCCAAACUCCGAAGCAACAACAGCUCCUAGAAAUUUGGAGGAGCGAGUAACUCAGAUACCAAAACCCCAGUUUAAAACUGUCAGUGAAAGACUUGUCGUCAAACCGAAAGAGGUACCUAUUCAACAGACUGUGAUACUUUCUCCACUUAGUCCAAACCAAUUUUCGGCUGACACAGCAUCAUCAAUUACCUCACCUCGUACGCCGACGUCGCCGAAGCCGCAAAUUACAUGGCCACCGACAUUGCAAAAUCAAGAUCCCUGUAAAGAGCUGGAAUUGUGGGCAAAAGCUAUGAACCUACCCGAUGUUGACUACAAAAUUGUAUCCUGGACUCUGAAUCGGAGGUCUGUCUACAGCUGCAGAGUAAAGGUUGGUACAGACAGCUACACAAGUUACCCUGAGGAAUCUCCAACCCGUGAAGAAGCGACACGAGUGGCAGCUGCCAAAGCCAUGAAACAACUUUUGGAAAAGACUGGACCUCUUGGAGGCCUUUCUCAGACAGUAAACAAAAAUUUGAUCAGGGAUCGAAUCCUGCACAUUCUAACACAGCAUGAAGCUGGCGUCUUUUUACAUCAGAUUUCGAAUUACUACAAAGAGCUUUACAAAGAAAAUCUUCCCAACGACUGGGAAAACGCCAUCGACGGGUGCGCGGAAAUAUCAAAGGAUAAAUGGGCACAAGAUAUCACCAUACUUUCUCCGUUUGUACCACGAAAUGAAUUUACCGAGAACGAAAAGACUGCUGACCCUCUCUCACCGAGGAUGGAAAAGAUUCAGCUUACCGCCAUUGGACCUCCACAGCCUGGUAUCCUUGAACCGCCAACCGACGAGUACUGGGAUGUUUGCAUCACAAAUGUUGUUAGCACCAUCGAAAUAUGGGCCAGACUUAUAGGCGAUGAAUACAGCGAGAGAUUUGACAGAAUGCUAGAUGACUUUGAUUCCUAUUAUAACGAGUUAUCAAAAACCCCUGGCAAUUCUGGAAUCAAACCAGGGAGUUACUACGCAGUUCAUGACGAGGGCUGUUGGCACAGAGUCAAGUGUUUUGAAAUGGAUGUGAAGACUGGAAAAGCUUCGAUAUUUUUCAUCGAUCAUGGUGACGAGACCUCCGUUGAUUACACUAAGUUAUAUCCGCUUGAAAGCAGAUUUUCUCGAGUACCUGCACAGGCAAUUAACCUAUGUCUAGCCGAUUUGGAAGAAUUCAGCGAGACCGACCAGGUUUUCGAAUACCUGAACAAACUCCUGUUGGAUCAGAUGCUAAUCGCGCAGGUCGUGAGUCAUGGAUCUAAGGAAGGCGAGAUAAUGGCAUCUGUUGUUCUUUAUGAUACUAAGCACGAGGUCGAUAUAAACCUGAACGAAUUGUUGCUGAGUAGAAUUAGCCAAAAUAUUCUGUCGCCGAAGUUGAACCAGGAAGAUCGAGUCUCUGAAGUUUUCGUUUCUCACGUCACGGACACUGGUGAUGUGUUUUUGCAUGUCAAAAAUGAAAGCAUGCUGCAUUUAACUAAUCUGAUGAAUAAAGUUAUAAACACCGGGUUGAAGCCGCAGGACAUUAUCAUGAGUGAGGAAAAAAAAAUUGAAUUCGGAAGAGUUUAUUUUGCCCGUGCUUUUGAAGACGGUAAAUGGUAUAGAGGUUUAGUGACCAACGUAGACGCGUCAAAUCGAAUCGAAGUGUUUACCGUCGACUUUGGCAAAACCAUCGUGGUUGAUAAUCAAAAAGACCUUCUUAGACUUGACCAGUUGUCCGAAGUUCUUGCGAAGUAUCCUUACCAAGCUCUGAAAGUUCGAUUACAUGGCAUCCCGAAUUGGGUAUGUAACUAUGAAUUGGCAAAAAAACUCAGAGCACUGGCACCACCAAACGAGCAAGUGAUUGCAAGAGUCCGUAACUCUCGGACGCAAUCUACGCCUGUAUUUGUUGAACUAUUUAAGCGACUUGAGCCGAAUAAUAUUCUGAUGCCGAUCAACAACACUUUAAUAGUAGAACCGGAGCUUACGGGUGCUGCAGGUGAUGGAAACAAUAAUACGCAGCCCAGAAAGAGGCUAGAACGAACGGUUUCUCGACACGGUAUAACUAGCGACGGAGAAGGUAUUAAUAAAAAAUUAAAACCACCAAAAAUACCAGACGUUGGCAGCUACUUCGACGUUCACGUUACCAUGGCCGCUAAUCCAGGAAUCUUCACCGUUCAACCUUACGAAGACCGCGUCUACCUAGAGGCACUGAUGGUGCAGCUGCAAGAAGUUUGCAUAAAUUCCUCUGGGCCAUCAUUGUCCUCUGAGUCUGUAACAGAGGGAAACCUCUACGCUGCAAAACACUUCGAUGGACAUUACUACCGGGUCUGCGUAUCGAAAGUAAUAGCAGGUCACAUGGCGACUGUUUACUUCUGUGAUUUUGGAGACUUCUCUGUCCUAAGUUUAGAUAAAUUGCUACCCCUCGGAAGACAAUUUCUUGAUCUGCCUUAUCAAGCUAUCAGAGCAAGACUCGUAGGUGUUCAACCUUUGAAUAUCGAUUGGUCAGUAGACGAUUGCUUGUUAUUCCAAGACAUGGUCAUUGAAAAAGACUUUGUAUCGAUUGUCGUUGACUCCGGACCGGAUCGUCGUUGUCCGGGAGAAACGAUUCUGGGUUUGAAGUUGAUCGACACAAGUGGACUUAACGAUGUUUACAUCGACGAACUUCUGAUAACGAAAGGAUGUGCAAAAGCUGCCGAAUGAAGGUCAUGCGACGAUUGAAAAGACGUAAGAUUUCCAAAGACUGUUGUAAGAAAUGCUGGUGAUCUUUCUUUUUUAAACAUCGCCAGAAACAAGCGCGCAACUAUUGCAUCUCUUCAACGAUUCAGGAGCGAUUAAACCGUAUUAAUUCAUUUUCUUUCAAUUAGCCUUUAAAUACGACACGCUAUUCUAAAGAAAAAGUAGCUGAUACAAGACGCUGAAAAAAAUUAUAUUUUCUUCGUCAACACUUUUUCUUCAGUUAAUUAAUAUUAUUACUGAAAAGCUUUGACCAGAGAUGAAAAAAAAAAUAUAUGUUUUGAGAUUUAACCGAUUAUUCAGGACUAUCGGUGAAUAAAUUGCCAAAAAUAAGCUUUACCACCGUAAACUAAACCACUUCCUUAAAGUAGACUGUCGUUUCCAAAAGCUAUAAUAAUGAUAAUGAAUAAAUGAUAAUGCUUAGCUGUAGGAAAAUUAUUGGUUUUUUAAAUUAUUCGUUAUUACAUAUGAAGAUAUACGUAUAUUAUAUACAUGCAAAAUAUUUUUGGAAGUACCGUUGUUGCUGAUAAUAUUAAUGUAUAUAAAUAAUAUAUCUCAUGUAUAUGAUUUUUCAUCUCCA